CAGUGUACUUCUCCAGACUACUAUAGGUUUCUGAACGCCGCCGCCGACCUCCGGAACCUUCUAGAACCCUUCACCCCGUCUUCUCCGCCUCCGGCUUCCCAUGGCCGACGCCGCCGCCGCCCUCUCAGCUCGGAGCAAGGUGCAAGCUUUCCUCGAGGCCGCGUGCACCGGCGACCUCGGAUCCCUCAGGAAGCAUGGCGUGGCGCUCGACGAGGAGGGGAAAGGCGCGGCCGCCGUGGCCGCCGCAGUCUGCGACGCCAACAAGCGCACGGCGCUGCACUUCGCCGCACGGGAAGGGCAGACCGAUGUCUGCGCCUUCCUCGUCAACCAGCUCGGCCUCCCCGUCGACCCCAAGGACGACGAUGGUGAGACUCCGCUCAUCCAUGCCGCGCGGCAGGGCCGCCUCGAGACCGUCAAGUACCUGCUCAAGCACGGAGCCGAUCCUUCUGUGGCGUCUAGCAGCAUGGGAGCCACAGCUCUGCAUCAUGCUGCUGGGAUAGGAAAUGUAGACCUUAUGAAGCUUUUUCUCGACAAGGGAGUCGAUGUCGAAUCUGAAAGCGACGCUGGUACACCCCUUGUUUGGGCUGCUGGUCAUGGACAAGAAGACGCUGUCAAACUUCUGCUCCAACACAAUGCUAAGCCAAACACUGAAACUGCUGAUGGUAUCACGUCGCUGUUGUCUGCUGUAGCUGCUGGUUCCCUCCCAUGUUUGGAGGUUCUAAUCCAGGCAGGUGCAAACCCCAAUGUCAUUGCUGGUGGAGCAACCCCAUUGCAUAUUGCUGCAGAUAGUGGGAAUAUGGACAUAAUCAAAUGUUUGCUUCAAGCUGGAGGUGACCCAAAUACCUCUGAUGAUGAUGGACUGAAGCCAAUACAGGUUGCUGCAUUAAGGAAUAACCUUGAAGUUGUAGAACAUCUUUUACCGUUGACCUCUCCGAUCCCAGGUGUUUCGAAUUGGACUGUUGAUGGAAUAGUAGAAUACUCAUUGUCAAAGAUGGCUGAGGAAAAGGCGCAAUUAAAAGAAGGUACAUUUGAUAAGGCAGCCAGUUUACAGAGUUCACAGCCCAUUGAGGUUUCACCCGAGGCAAAAAAGAGAUCCUUGGAAGCCAAAUCAAGAGGUGAUGAUGCCUUCAGAAGAAAAGACUACCUAGAAGCAGUUGAUGCAUAUUCGCAGGCAAUCGAGUUUGAUCCAAAUGAUGCGGUGUUGCUUUCAAACAGAAGCCUGUGUUGGCUGCGGGCAGGCCAAGGUGAGCGCGCCCUGGAGGAUGCGAGAGCAUGCCGGGAAUUGAGGCCAGACUGGGCGAAAGCUUGUUUCAGGGAAGGCGCAGCGUUGCGCCUGCUACAGAGGUUCCACGAAGCCGCGAAUGCUUUCUAUGAGGGGGUGACGCUUGACCCGGAGAACAAAGAGCUCGUGAGCGCGUUCAGGGAGGCGGUGGAUGAGGGGAGGAAGCUGCAUGGCACGGACAAUCCAACAACAACAAAUCCAACACAAUGAGAAUUGAGUUUGUGGUGUUGUUUGCAGAUUUGAUUAGGAAGUAAUUUGGCUGGGUUUUAUAUAUAGCUCCACAAGUGCUGCUGCUGCUGUAGUUUUAAGUCUCAAGUUUGAUGAUUCUUGUGAAGUCACAAAUGUACUUAAUAUUCUUUCUGGUUGUAUUGUUUUCAUGGCCUGCCCAGUCAUAGCUGUUUUCUCAAAAUUGGAGCAAGAAUGUUAUGCGAAAUCAGCAUGGAGUUUGCCGUCCAUGUCCUAGU